AUGCUUAAGCAAUCCCAUACGACAAGGUCUAUUGCGUCCUCCAAACGUAGCAAUCUAUAUGAUAAGGUUAGACAGGAUUUGUUUGAGGACAAUGCUCAUCGUCACAAGCGAGAAACUGUGAAAACGCCAUCCAUCACAACCAUUUGUUUACUCCAAGUCCAAGCAUACAUUAUUCAAAUUCUCACUAAUUUACCAACAUUUACCAUCAAAAAAUCACCAAAUCAGUCAUUGUCCAUUUAUUAUCUGAUCCAGCAAAAGAAGCUCUAUGCAAUCUCAUAUUUAAAAUCAAUCUUGAUUCAGUGUGUACGCUGGUUUCUGCUCAUUGUCCUCCUGCUGCUGGACAACAUGGCUCGUAUCCUAAAUGUCGAGGCUGAAAUGACUGACAUUACCGCUCAAAAGGAACGUCCAUUGAUCCCGCAAGAACAAGAUACGGAAGAGGACUAUGAUGAUGAUACCUACUCGACAGAAACUUACCAUCAUGAUCCAUGCGCAAACACAAAGCCCGUCAAUAACGGAAGCUCGGAACCAUCCUCACCGACUAAAAGAACAUUGGUAUCACCUUCCUCGCCUAUCAACUCUCCCACUCCAAACUUUGUUGUGCGCAAAACCAGGCAUUCUUUUACCAAUGCGCCUACACCUACACCUACACCUACACCUGUAUCCACUUCAGUAGUAGCAACAACAGCUACAGAGGAAUCGCCUGUCUUUGGUCCUGCGCGCACUCGUGUAGGUCACAUCAGAUCGCUCUCCAACAACAUGGUUGAUCAAAAGAAGCCCAUGUCACCACAAAAGCUGCGCCGUAUUACAGCACAAAGAGAAAUCACUCUUCAGAACGGCAUCUUACCCAUUGUCCCUAAAAAGAGCAACCACGCUCAUCAUCAUCAUCAUCAUCAUCAUCAUACAUCUAAGAAACCUCCUGUUUCAAGUUCAGUGGCAUCCCGCUCAUCAUCUGAAUCGAGCAGCACUACUAAAGAAACGCACGACAGACCUCGAAUGCAAAAGACAAUGUCAUUAUCCACAGCUCAACAGUACCAGAAUGAGGUAAAGUGUGUCUGGUUGGGACAAUAUGGAAGAAGCUCACAAGAAAAAAAAAAGAACAAUUAA